GUCCUCAUCAGCCAUGCUCGCACGCACUGCAGCCUCGUCGUCGCGCUGGAUCGCCUCGACCUCGACCUCGUCCUGCCUCGCAUGCUCCACCCUCCCUCCUCGACCAGCAGCACUGUGGUCCACUCCCUCCUCCUCCAGGGCCUUCUCGCACGCCACAUCGCCCCGUCGCGCACCCACCCCGUCCUCGACCUCGCUCCCUCCUCCGCUCCCUCACCACGCCCACCGCAACGCUCUCGAGCCUCAACCCCUCCCGACCCACUCGACCUCGUCCUCUGAGCCCUCGGCCCUGUCGCUCCUCGCGUCGCAGCCGUCGCACUACGUCGUGGCCCUCUUCAUGGGUCGCCGCUACCUCUUGACCCCGGGCGACAUCCUCACCGUCCCCAAACUCAAGGGCCUCGACGUCGGCCACACCCUCGCCCUCACCCGCAUCCUCGAGGUCGGCUCGCGCGACUACACCCUCCGCGCCGCCCAACCCGCCUCGCACCCGCUCGCGACCCGCCACCCGGACUCGCUCCCUCACCUCGCCGCCGACACGGUCCAGUGCACCCUCACCGUCACCGAGCACACAAAGGGCACCAUGUUCGAGGUCGACAAGUUCAAGCGCCGCAAGGGCUACCGCCGCACCCUCCGCAGCAAGCUCGCCUUUACCCGCCUCCGCGUCGGCGAAAUCACCCUCGGCCCACCCAAGGCCUGACGCGCAUGGGUCGGGCACGAGGGUCACGGGU